AUGGCCCCCAAUAUUACGCUACCAGCCAUCCCUGAAGAAGAGGAGGACUGGGAGGACGCUUCCUCUUCCUCGGAUGAUACCUGCAACGAAAACAACGAAAACAGCCAAGACAGUGAACGGCUCUCACCCCCUCCGGGGCUCCUCUUUCCCCACGAAAUGGCUAGGCCUCCGUCUCCGCCCAUCCACGCGCCGCGCCUUCGCCUUCUUUACCACUCGCAAACCUGGGACACCCAGGUCUACAUGCUCAAGGACGGCAAGGUCCUCAAGGAGCGCGCGUCCUUUCCCAGCCUCAGCCAGGGCUACUUUGGCGCCGUCGAAAUGAACGAAAAGCUUCGACACUGGUUCCGUGUACUCCCCCAGCAGCUCGGGGAGAUGCUCGGCAGCGACCACCCCUACCUCUCCCGCUUCGCUAUCGCCAUGGCGCCCCGCCAGUACAUGCUCAUGAGAGGCAGCGGAAACUCGGACCACCUCCCCGACCAGCUCGUCGAGCCCUUUCCCGAGAUGAAGGGCCGGCUCGUCAUGGAGCGCGUGCGGCCUGUCAAGCCGGCCGUGAUGCGGGUCCUCAUCGACAAGAUCAUCAGCCCGGCGCUCCAUCGCAGGGCCAUCGCCAACCCCGAGAACUACAACCUCCACCCAAAGGCCUGGCUCGGCUUCGAGCAGCCCCCCGCCGUCAGGGACAUGCUUCGGAACCACCCCAACCUCUCGACGCGCCCGGCGUACCUCAACGAGCUCGUGCGGUUCAUCGGCCGGCGCGGCGUCCUCGAGCUCGCGCGGGAGAUGGGCACGGCGUUGGCGGUGAUCCACUACGACCUGAACAAGGACGCGCACGACAUCAGGUUUCGGAUCGGCUACAACCCCGCCCUCGACAAGGCCAAACUCUGGGUGUGCGGUCUGGGGUGCAUGAGGGACCUGAAGAAGAACGAGCGCUUCUAUCCCCGCCCCGGCGUCGGUCACGGCGUGUUUGACGCGUUCUGGGCGGCGUACGUCCUGGCGAGCGAGGGGAUACUGCAGUGGCGGAUGGAGAAUGCAGUCGAGGGCUCGGACAAGGACGCGGGAUUGCGGAGUUUGAUGAUCAAGGUGCUGCUUGAGCAUCUGGAUAGCCUCUAG